AUGUCUUGGAUAUUUGGAAAACCAACAACUACUCAAACCACCACGACCACACAAGAAAACGAACAAUUGAAACAAACAUUAGGUUUUGAUCCACAAGAAAUAUCUGAUGUUUCAACAAUAAUAUCAUCACCAACACCCAAUUUAACAAAUUCUUAUGCAUCAAAAUUACAUCCAUUAGCAGGAUUAGAUAAAGGUGUUGAAUAUUUAGAUUUAGAAGAAGAAAAAUUAAAUACUGUUGAAGGUUCUAAAGGUCUUAUACCAAGUAGAUCAUGGACUGAUGAUUUAUGUUAUGGAACUGGUGCUGUAUAUUUAUUAGGUUUAGGAAUUGGUGGACUUAAUGGUUUAGCAAAAGGUUUAAAAACAUUACCAGAAAAUGUCCCAUCUAAAGUUAAAUUAAAUCAUAUAUUGAAUAAUAUUACUAAAAAUGGUCCAUUUUUAGGUAAUUCAUGUGGUGUAUUAGCAUUAACUUAUAAUUUAAUUGAUUCAACAUUAGAUGGUUUUAGAGAAAAACAUGAUGAUUUAAAUUCAGUUGUUGCAGGUGCUUUAGCAGGUGCUUUAUUUAGAAGUUCAAAAGGUUUAAAACCAAUGAUUUAUUCAAGUGUUAUGAUGGCUGGUGCUUCUGGAAUAUGGUGUGGUUUAAAAAGAGUUAUAAACCCAGAAGAAAAUGAAGUCAAGUUAUUGUAG